AUGUUGGACUACGAAUGGGGUAACCCAUCAACAAUCAUGCUGUCCGGUGAAGAACCCACCGGAGACUCCGAUCAAACCCGUCAAACCUUUGACCAUUACAACCAAACUUUCAACGAAACAACCCUACUCAACCCAAAUGGCUUCAACACUCCACAAUUCCACCAUCACCACUUCCACCAGCAACAAACCCAAAAUCAUACCCAUUUCAACUCUCUAUACGAUCCACCGGCCUACGGCGGUGGCGCGUCUUACCCACCUCCACCACCCUCAAUGCUGUCUCUUGAACCGGCUGGUCCAACCGGGUUCAUGAUGGUGCCGAAGAGCGAACCGGCUUCUGGGGUGGUCGAUUUCAACAGUAGGAUCGGGUUGAAUUUGGGUGGAAGGACGUAUUUUUCUUCGUCGGAGAAUCAUGAUUUCGUGAACCGGCUUUACCGGCGGUCGAGGAUGGUUGAACCCGGUUCAGUGAACUCGCCGCGGUGUCAAGCCGAGGGCUGCAAUGCCGAUCUGACUCACUCGAAACACUACCACCGGCGACAUAAGGUCUGUGAGUUUCACUCCAAAGCCGCCACAGUCAUCGCCGCCGGGUUGACUCAGCGAUUCUGCCAACAAUGUAGCAGAGCGACAGUAGAGGCGAUGUUGGACUACGAAUGGGGUAACCCAUCAACAAUCAUGCUGUCCGGUGAAGAACCCACCGGAGACUCCGAUCAAACCCGUCAAACCUUUGACCAUUACAACCAAACUUUCAACGAAACAACCCUACUCAACCCAAAUGGCUUCAACACUCCACAAUUCCACCAUCACCACUUCCACCAGCAACAAACCCAAAAUCAUACCCAUUUCAACUCUCUAUACGAUCCACCGGCCUACGGCGGUGGCGCGUCUUACCCACCUCCACCACCCUCAAUGCUGUCUCUUGAACCGGCUGGUCCAACCGGGUUCAUGAUGGUGCCGAAGAGCGAACCGGCUUCUGGGGUGGUCGAUUUCAACAGUAGGAUCGGGUUGAAUUUGGGUGGAAGGACGUAUUUUUCUUCGUCGGAGAAUCAUGAUUUCGUGAACCGGCUUUACCGGCGGUCGAGGAUGGUUGAACCCGGUUCAGUGAACUCGCCGCGGUGUCAAGCCGAGGGCUGCAAUGCCGAUCUGACUCACUCGAAACACUACCACCGGCGACAUAAGGUCUGUGAGUUUCACUCCAAAGCCGCCACAGUCAUCGCCGCCGGGUUGACUCAGCGAUUCUGCCAACAAUGUAGCAGGUUUGAAUUUACCAUAACACCCUCCCCAUGCAUUCACAUUUUCAUUCUCAACCAUAUCAGAUCACUUUUUUUCUUCAUCAUCUCAACAUCCGUAGAGGAGGAAGAGGAUGGGGAUGUCGAAAUGACGAAAAUGCCCUUUGGGUGUGGCAAAGAGCAAAUGAUUGAUUGGGCCGUACGUGUGGUGAUCCCUAGGGCAUUUGCGUCCAUAAAUUGUUUCCCUAUCAAGUUUCAUCUCCUCUCGCAAUUUGAUAACGGGAAACGAAGCUGCCGGAAAAGGUUGGCCGAUCACAACCGUCGGAGGCGAAAAUCUCAGCAACCAAACGGCCAGGAAAAUAGCAACAAGUCUCAGCUUGACAAUGCCCGUAAUUCAUCGUCUGAAAACCUUGCUAGGUCUCCACCUGACUCAGGAACUCAUUCAUCUUCAUCUGUGACUAUUGCCAUUUCCCCACCAAGAAUUUCAUUGGAGUCUUUCCGGCAAAGAUCAUAUCAAGCUCCGGCAACCGCUUCAUCGGCAUCAACCAGCUCACUCUUUUUCUCAAACGGUUAA